AUGUCGUGGACUAUUAAAACGAACCUAUUUUGACAUCGUCACCGUGAAGACGAAUCCUUCGUUUAGAAGAGUAUUCAAAACACUUUAUUUUAUUUGUUUUAUGCGUCGUUAUAUUACUAUAUAGAAGGUUCUCUCCAGCCUCAACCAUGGCGAUGAUGGACAACAAGGCCUUUCUUAUUUCCCAUAUAAGAAACUCUUUCAUUACAAGCGAUGAUACCGGAAUGUGUGAAAUGAUUAUUACCCUCGAUGAUGACAAAAACAGGAAUGGCUACACAAGUGACAGUGGAAUGGAGUCGUCAGAAAAUGAACUUUCUCACUCUUAUGACAUUCUGCCUGACAUGGAUUAUGGUGCACACAGGCGUCGCUCCAAUACAUCCCAGCGUCUGGAAAGAAUGAAAAAGGAGAAGAGGAGCCAGUCUAGGGCCAAGAGCAUCACUUGGAAGGAUAGUAACACAGUGUACAGUGUGGACGAGAAAGGUCAUUUAUUCGAGAAGAAGGUGAUAGAUGGAGUUGAAGGUCAGGAUCGAUCCCCAGCGCUCUCCAGGCUGUCAGAGCUCAUCCAAGCCAGCGCAAAUCUGGGUGAUAAUCCAUUCCUGGAGUAUGCCAAAUUUGAUGGGAUGGCCAGUGUAGGAGUACCAACAAAGAAGAUUGACAUCUUCCUCACAAUGGCCAGCGCUGAGGACCGGUCGUACCCAAUGUCUGUGGUCGUGGUUUCCAGUGCCAAGAUCCAGGACCUCGUUGGUCUCAUAUGCUGGCAGUAUACAAAUGAAAUGCGCGAACCUGUCUUGCAAGAGAACAUAGACAUGUACUGCCUGCACAUCGCCGAGGACGACGGGGAGGUGGAUGUGGACUUCCCCAGCCUCGACAGCCGGGAACCGGUCUCUAAGUUCGGGUUUACCAAGCUGGCACUGGUGGAGAAAGAUGUGCCAACAUACACCAGCAAGAAGACCAUCAUUGUUACUGUCAACAUUCCACACAGAGGCUUCAACAAGUUCCCCAUUGACAACACCAACAUAUUGAUGAAAGAAAUUUUGGAGAAGGUUCUCAAAAGAAGAAAAAUCAAAGUCAGGCCAGGUCAGUGUUAUAACCUGGAGAAGGAUUCGGUGCCAGGGGUGUCGAUUGAUCUGGAGUGUAACCUGGCCAGCAUGGAUACGCUGGAGUUCGUACUGGUCAGAGAAAACAGUUCAAGAGGUGACGCCACAGAAGUGGACAAUGGCAAGUCCUCAGAGAUGGCUGAGUCGCUCACGAGUCACCACUACAAGUCCUACCUGGUCAGCAUGGUGCACAAACUGAGGACCAACACAGAGGUGCAGCUCGGGAUAAGCGGAGAAAAGGUAGACAUAGACCCUGUGGUCAGCAAAAGCAGUGCGCGAAUCUUCCGACAGAAGGCCGUCACCUACAAUGCUGAUAACAUCGCAUCAUGUGAUAUCUUCGAGGACAAAGAUGGAGGUAAAUCUGUAUUCCGUCUCGCCUACUUUAAUGGACACGAGUUCAAACACCAUGACUUCGAAGCAGACACUGCAGUGUGUAAUGAGAUUGUACAGAAGUUUAACAACAUACUUGAGCUCAGGUUGAGUCCAGUACGGAAGGAAUACGUUGCUAACAGAGACAGGAAGUUGAUGAAGAAGCGGGAUUUUGCAUUGAUAUGAAACUUUGCGAUGUAUACUGUUAAAUCAUAAUAAUAUUAUUCGAGGCACUUUAAUUUUAUUUGAUUGUUUUGGUUGAUCGAUUCAUGAAGUUAAAGGUUGAACUUUCUUCUAUGCAAGAAUACUUUUUAAAGUUGUUAAACUAUUUACCACAUAAAUACGUAUUUUUACGCAUUUGUAGUCCCUGUGAAAGUUUAAUUUAAUUAAAGACCCUUCUUACUAGAUUCUAGUUUUAAAGGCUUCAUUUCCAACCCUGAGAUACUCGUGAGCAGCAAACAGCAUAAAACCUGAACAGAGUUACUCGCAGGCUGUUCUGGUUUUAUGCUGUUUGCACAUAGCGAGCUUUUUUAGCCAUUUUUUAUUGUUACCAAGAAUGCCUUUUAGAAUUUCUGGGUUUUCCAAUAAUUUCGAGGUGGGGGGGGGGGGAGUUAUUUUCUGUACAUGUCUAGUCUUGUGCUUACUUGAAGUUUGUUUUAAACCUAAAUGAGCCUAACUCUGUGAAAAUGGGUCUUAAUGCAUUUGCCUAAAUGUCUGCACAGGCUUAUGUCUACACAGGCUAAUGUCCACACAGGCUAAUAUCCGCACAGGCUAAUGUCCGCACAGGCUAAUCAGGAACAACAUUUUCCGCCUAGACUGAAUUUUCAUUAAGAAAAGACCUCAUUUAAUAUAAAAAAAUCUUAAGAAAAGGAAAGUAUCAAGUUUAUUUUGAAAGUGUCGUCCCUGAUUAGUAUAGAAGGGCUGCACAGUCUUAACUGGGAUGACACUAUGCACAUGCAUUAAACCCCCUUUUCACAGAGCGAGGCUCAUUUAUGUUGGUUAAAUUGUAUAAGUAAAAGCAGGAUCAUGUCUAAAGCUGAAAUCUGUCUUGAGAAAAUUUACUGCUCAAAUAGAGUAUGCCUAUUGCAAAACAGGCACAUUGUAAUAACUUGUAUUUGUGUGUUCUUUGUUAUAUGUAAAUAUUGUUAGAGUAAAAGAAGACGGAUAUAGUCUUUAAAAAUAAUGAAAUAUUUUGGAGUAAAAUUAUAUUUAUGUGUAAAUAUAUAUGUAUGUAUUGUGUUCAGUAUAACAAAUUAACACAUUUAUCUAUUUAUUUAAUUCAGUAAAAAAUAUUACUGAAAUCAAUUCUUGAGUUUUCAUAGUGCACCCAUUACUCAUUUCUAAAACUAGUGGUGAUCCAUAAGAAUUUUAAUCAAAGUACUGACAGUACUGGUGUGACGAUGCUUUUGAACAGGAUUGAUAUAAAAGCAUCUAUUUAAGUUUAUCUACAUCACCACAAUUGUGUAUUUGGGUACGAACAUUUUGCGUAGGAAAAAAAUGGUUACGAAAAUUUUGGGUACAACAAUUAUGCCAAAAAAAUUAAGUACGUAAAAAGAUUUGGUAACAAAAAAAAUUUGGGUAGGAAAAAAAUUGGGUACGAAGAAAAAUUUGGUUACGAGCAAAAAUUUGGGAAGGAAAAAAAAAAUGGGUACGAACAAAAUUGGGUAUGAAAAAUGUAGGGUACGAAAAAAAAAUUGGGGGUACGGGGAAGUAGUACCCGUGGGGAAAUUGAUCCUUUCAGCGAAACUGGGAGGCGGGUUACAUUCUCGAUCAAAUAUAACAAGAAAUAUCUUUAAAAAGGUAUUCAGCAUGUAUUUUCUGUACCACUUAUCUUAAAAAACUGUCUGUUACAGUAAAACAUUUGUGGGUUAUAACAUUACGUUUCAGCAUAUAAAUUCAAAACUUGACAUGCUCUUUCAUUACACCAUGCUCUUUAAUUUCACAUGUAUAUCAUACCAAACUUUAUAUUUUGUUGUUUCCUUUCCUAAGUUAAUGAUGCUAUGUGUACGGACGUGAUUUCACAAUUUCCAUGUGCAUGAACGUAUAAUUUUUCUCUUUUGAUUAUUGUUCUUUUUCUCUAAUUCAAUAAGCUUAGGCAUGUUUGUUCGUUAAGUAUGGCAAUAAUUUCAUGAUGAUACCCGAUCGAAAGUGGGUAUGAGCACAUAGUCGUAAGAGAACUUGAAUAUGUGAGUUCGCCCAUGAACACAUGGUAAGGUUAACUAAAUCUCUGUGAUAUGACGUAAUAUGUGUUUAAAACAGCAAAAAUAUCCAACAAACGAAUAAAUUGUCAAACAUAG